AUGGAAGAAGACGACUAUGAAGAUGACGAAGAUGACGAUGAGCCGGACCAGUCUGCAAGGAAUUUCUCUUUCCUUGGAUCCUCACUUGAUGAAGCCACACACCCGUCAGGCGUUAAUUGCGAAAUAAAGUUAUACGAAGCUAGAUACAACCACAAGGGGGAGCGGCCGCGACUCCAAGUUGGCAAGUAUCACCGCAAACAACCAGAAUUACACCAGGACCACAAUUCGGCGCUAGUCUUCACCCGAUGGUACAACUAUGACAGCGAAGUCGAAACAACAGAGCUCGUAAUCCGAUCAUUACACCUCAAAAAGGCACUCAGUAAGGUCAUCAAGGAGUACCCGGGAAUAAAUUUCAAGACGCAAAAUAUCAUCCUUGGCGACCUACCUAAAUGCCUUUUUCAUUACCGCAAAGAGCUAGAAGCAUACGGAGAGACGCUACCUGCAGACUCGGAUGCCUUCGAACAUCUGGAACUUCUGCUCGAGCACAUGUGGCAGCAACUUCAAGUUCCGUAUGCUAGCUAUAGUAACCUCAUGGAAUCUACAGUAAUCAAGCCUGGUCUAGACUUCUCGGACUUGUGGAUGGCGUUUAAACCAGGAGACCUUUUGUACUUGAAGGCGAUGGGUUGUCAUCGUGUCGUGCAGUUGAAGACCAUGAUAUUGGCUGGCAGCAGAAGUUUUUGGAAAGUAUAUUUUGUCUAUAUUGCUGAUGAUGGAAGACGUGUAGGAUACAUUAAGAACGAAUGCCGAAUUGAAAAAUACGAUGGCUAUAGGCCGCUGGUGAAUCUCGAGAUCUUUCCUCUGCAAUACCAUCCUGAUCAAGCUGGUGUUAAGAAGCAUACUAUAGCUCGGGGACAAAAUAUGAUGGCACUGAGAGGGGUGAAGUAUCGAAUGUACGAUGGGUUGAUCAGAGCCUUCGAGCUUCAGAAGCGGCGCACCGUUGUAGGCGAUUCUGAUGUGUUGCCAUUGCCAGCUACCAUGACCAAGGCUCGAGUUGUGAUCGAUGCUCAAACCUUUGCCAAGAAAAACCAAUACAGCAUGCCAUUCACAGACGAAACUCUUGGUCGGUUACCAAAAUACGCAGAGAGUGACGAAUACUUUCUAUAUGAUGAGCAGCUCAUGAUUUGCGAUCACGAGGUAGCUGGUUUCUCUCUGGCGGAGAAACGAUGGUGCUGGUUCGAUGUCGAUAAUAUCUUCGAAGUGGAAUUCAACCUCACAGCUUUCGAAAGGCUACUCCUUCCGCAAGAGCAGAAAGAUAUGAUAUAUUCCCUAGUCGAAGUUCACACCAACAGCAAUCUCGUCUUCGACGAUGUAAUCAAAGGGAAAGGAAAGGGCAUGGUAUUCCUGCUACAUGGAGUUCCUGGCGUCGGGAAAACGCUUACAGCAGAAAGUGUUGCAGAUCAAACUAAGAGGCCACUUUAUACGAUCAGCUCUGGAGAGCUCGGUGUUGGUACCAAAGCAGUUGAAGACAACUUGAAAGCAGCGCUCGAUCUCGCAACCACUUGGAAUGCUAUUGUACUCCUUGAUGAAGCUGAUGUUUUUCUGGAGCAGAGAAGCAUGCAGGAUCUUGAUCGAAACAGCCUCGUAUCUAUCUUUCUGCGGCUAAUGGAAUAUUACGAGGGAAUCCUGAUUCUCACAACCAAUCGAAUCGAAGCAUUCGAUCGCGCAUUUAAAUCACGAAUACACUUGGCCAUCAAAUACCAUGCCUUGUCUCCUGCAUACCGUGUAAAUUUGUGGCAUGCGUUUAUCACAAGUACAAUUGAUGCCGAUCGAACGAGCUCAGACAAACUGAAGAAUACCUACCCGUGGCUUACGGAUACCUACCUAAACGAAAUAGGCAGGGAGGAUUUGAACGGAAGGCAGAUCAAGAAUACAGUACGAACCGCGAAUGCGCUUGCGGUUAGUGCUAAGGUACCACUUUCACCUAAGCAUAUAGAAACAGCGUUAAAAGCGAUGCGAAUGUUUGAGUCUGAUUUUGCGGAGAGUCAUCAUGAGGCAGAGGAACCAUCGAACAAGCGACGAAGGGUCGGGUAG